CGCCCUCCUCCUCGCGCAGCGCCGGGCACCGGCACCGGCACCGGCACAGACACGCGGCACUGACACCGGCACCGGGCACGGGGCAGCGGCACUAGCCCCGGACAGCGGCAGCGGCCGCCGCCACGGGCACCGGCAGCAGUGAGGAGGCAGAGAUCCGGCUCCAGCCCAGGCAGCCCUCGAGGAAGUUCACACAGCCUCCAGCGGGCUUGGUGCUGUGGCUCCCCAGACACAGCAGACCGGCAGAGACCACCAGAAACUCUCUGAUCUCCUGGGGAAACCACGGCAGCUGUCUGCACAAGGCAGCAGUGCCACCAGCCAGCGGGAAGCAGCGGCCAUGGAUGAAGUGACGGAGCUGGAGCUGGGGGGCAACUCCCUGCUGAAGGCCGUGUGGCUCGGCCGGCUGCGGCUGACACGGCUGCUGCUGGAAGGGGGGGCUUACAUCAACGAGAGCAACGAGAAGGGCGAGACCGCGCUGAUGGUGGCCUGCAUCACCACGCACGUCGACCAGCAGAGCAUCCACAAGGCCAAGAUGGUGAAGUACCUGCUGGACAACAGAGCCGACCCCAACAUCCAGGACAAGUCUGGGAAGACCGCCCUCAUGCACGCCUGCAUCCGGGGAGCUGGGGGGGACGUGGUGUCCCUGCUGCUGGAGAGCGGGGCAGACCCCAGCCUGGAGGACCACUCGGGAGCCUCGGCGCUGGUCCACGCCAUCAACGCCGAGGACAAGGCUGUGCUGCAGCACCUCCUGAAUGCCUGCAGAGCCAAGGGGAAGGAGGUGAUCAUCAUCACCAUGGACACAUCAGCCUCCGGCACCAAGACCGCCAAGCAGUACCUGAACGUCGCCCCUGCGCUGGAGUUCAAGGAGAAGGCUCCCCUCGAGGAGAGCACAGCCCCCUCCAGUGCCCAGCUGAAAACUCCCAUCUCAGCACCUUCCCCUGUCGAGAAGGAGAGCAGCGUUCUCACCACGCACCCUCCUCACACGGGGGACGCUGAGCCACCCUCGCCGGGCCGCAGGGCUGGCGCUGCCCGCAGAGCCCACCUGCCCCGCCUGAAGCGGCUGCGCUCCGAGCCCUGGGGGCUGGUGGCACCCUCGGUGCUGGCGGCCUCCAGCCACCGCGACGACACGCGGGUCUGCGCCGACACCGAGGUCAUCACGGGCAUCGGCGACCUCUCGCUGUCCAAAAAGCCCCCCCUCACCCGGAGCAGCAGCAGCAAGGGGAGGGACCCCUCUCUCUUCCCCCCCGUGGAUGAGCAGGCGCUGGGGCCGCUGGCAUGGAAAGGCAGCCACGAGAAGAGCCCAGGCACCCACCCGUGCCUGUCCCGGAGCACCGCGGUGCCGGAGGAGCCGGAGAGCAGCGGCUCGGCGGCGGGGAUGGACACCCCACACCGGCGGAGGCCCGGCAGCGAGCACAACGGGGACUCGCAGCUCAGCGAGGCGGGGAAGGCGCCGCCCGAGAGGCGCAAGCUGAGCGGGUCGCAGCUGGCCUUGCUGGACGGCUGCUGCGACUCUCCCUCCGGCAGCGCCAGCACAUCGCCCAGCACCGGCCGGCGCCGCCCGCCCGGCCUGCUGGAGAGGCGAGGAUCCGGGACGCUGCUGCUGGACCACAUCUCCCACACGAGGCCAGGAUAUCUGCCCCCCUUGAAUGUGAACCCCAACCCCCCGAUCCCGGACAUUGGCUCCGGCAAAGCCCCCUCCCCGCUGGCGGCUGGGCUGAAGCCGCUGGUGCCCCUCACACCCAGCUCGCCCCGGCGGGGGGAUCGCAGAGCCCACAGGAAGCUCCUCCGCAGACAUUCCAUGCAGGCCGAGCAGAUACGGCACCUCUCCGAUUUUGAGGAGGUCGUGGCGCAGUAGCCGGGCCGCCGUUUGCUCACACGGAGUGGCCAAAGCCGUGCUGUCCCCGCAGGCACAGAGUGGGUGCUGGCUCCGGGGACACUCUGGUGGCCAGGGGGCUCGGCCCGAGCCCAGGGGCUGAUUCGGGAGCGGGCUGAUCGGGAGAUCGAUCCCCGCCGUCCUAGAUCGCCAAGCCCGGUGCCAAGGAUCCCACCUGCAGUUCACUUAUUCCUACUUGCAAUCCGCUUUUCUUACACCCUGCUCGUUCUCCCACCGAAUCCCGGCCCGGAGCCCACGCUGGUGACCUCUGGGGCCGAGGCGUUCAUGGAGCGCCUUCCAGGAGGGGAAGGGGCUCGAGGAGCGGAACACCCAUGCAGCCACGGGCCGUGCUGGUGCUCUCCGGGGGCGGGAGAGGGAGACUGCUCCACCUCCGCGAUUCCCGAGCGCGCCGAGCUCCGGCGGCUGAGCUCGCCCGGCAGCGCUGCAGUGGGCCGGGAUGGGCUUGUCUCGACUCUGAAGCGCCUGGACCUCAGGGGGCUCACUGCCCGCCACGCCUGGAUUCAGGAGCUCUGAUUCAGGGAGGGCUGACCCCCCGAGCAGGAUGGUCCCAGCCCGGCUGUGUGGGUAGCCUCUGCCAGCCGCGGGCAACCCGGGACGCCAGCUGACCGCGGGUGACACGGGCUGACCCCCGGGCUCCAUCCCGCCGGGAAAGUCGCAGGCUCGGCGCCACAGCCAAGACCCCGCGGCCCCAGCCCCGCGCAGCCCCACGCGCGCUGUGCCGUGGCUCCCGCAGACCGCACCGCUCCGUGACCGCGCUCAUCCCGAGCCUGCGUGUGCACGGCUGCGGGGCACGGGUCGGGGUGGCGCCCCGGCCCUGCGGACACUUCUGCACGGGUUUUGCACUGCAUUAAUAAAGCGCUCAGCUCUGGA